AUGACUAGUUACACGAUCCUGAUCGUUCUCACGACGAUUAAGACAAGUGUGAGGAGCGAAAUGAAGACGGAUGAGAUGGACCGCCUCCUGGCCUCGCACGCGCCUCCGCCUCGAGAAGACCGUACCUUUUGGACAGGACGGACCGCCCACCGAGAACCGCUGCUCUCACUAUCAACGGCUCUGUGCUCCCUUGUGCUCCGAUUUUGCUCACCGAGCUUUUGAACGCACAUUCCUCAAAACCCGAACCUCGUUCAUCUUCGUCUUGAUCGUUAUGAGCUUGUCGCGUUUUUGGCACUUUUCCCAAUCAGCGAUGGAACCUGCGUCACUUCCGGCGGCCUACUCCUUCUCGUGUCUUUUUUUUGAACGUUUUGCAAGUGACUUCUUGCAAUUAAACUUUCCAUAUUUUUUCAAUUAUGAGAAAUAAAAUAAUUUUAAAAACUAAUAAUUGAAAGCGACAAGUUCCUGCCACCGAUCAAAGCUUUAAGCUCUUGGCCUCUAUUAUUGACAAUUUAUCUUGUCGCCGUCUAACUUUUUGUUGCAUUUUAAAUAGUUUUACUUUUUUUCUUAGUUUCAAAAAAAUUUUUGAAUUUACAUUAUUUGAAUUGCUCAUCAAUGUAACCAAUUUUUAACCCGAAUUUUUUGAAUACUGUUCGUUUAAUACCUACCCCUUCAAUAACCCUGUUUUCCACUGUUCCUUGUAAUUCCUGCUUGUUAUCCAGGCUUAUGAACGCAUUAUAGCAGCAAAUUUCACACCUGAUAUCACUAUAAAUGCAUUCUCUUAUCACUCGCCGUUUUGUGAUAUGCUCCAAUCAAUGGAUGCUCUGUUUAGGUAUGCGAGUCGAAUUACCUCUUUUUCUGUUUUUGACCUGCGUCGUUUCAACUUGCCAACAAACACAGGUACAGUUGAAUGCAGCUUCAAUAAAUCAAUCAGAAGCCAAAUUUUUAUUCUUAUGGCUACAGGAUUAUUUUCAAUAUUUUCUUUUCAAAUGGCUCAAUUUUUCAAAACGAGGGAUUGAGUUUUUCUAACGCUUUUUGCCGGGCCAUUAUAAAUCUCAUCGAAACGACCGUAAUGUUUCACCCAAGUUUAUCCGGCGGGUUGUAAUGUCGGAAGAGAUAGUGACUAAUCUACCUUGCUUUUUUGCUGAAAGCAUCGGAGAAUAUCGCCCUGCUCGAAAGGUUUCUGAAAGGAACAUUUUUUGGUCAUUUAUGAUUUUGUCAUCACUUUUUGAAGGGCGUUUUUUGGUGAACAUAGUACAAGAAAAAUUCCCAUUUUACAACGGGCUUUUAGUGAAGUUUAUCAUGAAAGCCAAAAUCCAAACUAAAUGGAAAAAAUAUUUAUUUGAAGUCUUUUUAAAAGAGAAUUAAUAAAUGCAGAAGCCGUUUUCCCACAGAAUUACAUUGUUUUCUCCAAAAAGCGGAACUUAUGGAAAAAUCUUCAAAAAAAUGUUUUUUUAAAUUUCAAUAUCGUUGAUUCAUAGUAACUUCCACCGAUCAAGUUUUUUCAAGGAGCGACCUUAGAAUUUUUUGGGAUAUUUUUUCUUAUCGAACCAUUUCAAGGCCGAACCUUUGAAAACUACUGAUUACUUCCGGUGGAAAAAUCGUCCUUUUGAUCUCUAUCGAACUCUAUAAUUUAUCAAGUUGAUCAUUUUUCCCAGUUUUGUCUGAUUUUUUUCGAUUCUUUUUAUGUAGAAAGUGACAUCAUAACUAUAAAAUGGGAAAAAAAUUAAUCCUUGAUAAGAAAAAGUUUUCUGAAAAAGCAGCUUAUUAUAGGCAACCUGUUUUUCUUUGUGAGACAGUAAGAUUACAAAACCUACAAUGAGUAAUAAGUAAACAUUGAAAAAAAUGAGAGACUUUUUGUUACCUAUGUUCCAACAAUAAAAGCAGUUCCUUACCUAAUUCAAAAAGACUAUAAAUUUGCUUUUUUUCAAAAAAAGUUAUCUGAGAAAAAUAAUGGUCAAUAAUCAUUCAUCCUGAAAUUUGAAUGGUUUGAUAAGUUUUCUCAGUUAACUCUUAUCAGUCAUACCGAUCAUUCCCUGAAUACCGAGGCAUUUUCAGAACGUAACGUGUUCUUGUGCUGAGACGAGAAACCUGGCCGACGUUCAGACUUCUGUGAAACUAGCAGUCAAGGUCAAUGUCUUACGAGCAUUGGAUAAAGUUCGCUCGACGAUGGCUCACGCGAUGAGUGAGUUGAAGCUUUUAUUUGAAACACACAAAAAUUAUAUCAAUAUUUUCAGGUGAGAAGGAAGAGAUACUCAAAUGGACGCGGUAUGCAGCCAUCUACGAACUGAAACAAGAGCACGGCUCCAGAAUCGAAAUGGUCAACUUCAUACCAGAACUCGAUAAAUUCUUGACUUCAGUCUCCGCUCUUUUCCGAGAAGAACAGGUUUAUAUUAUUAAGGGAGUAUUUUUGUUCAAAAACUUUUUUUUCUAGCGUCUGACGGAUGUCGAAAUCUUUGUGAGAGUAAUGACUGCGCUCAAUCAUUUCAUGAAAGAAACCUUGCCUGAAAGCUUUCAAUGUAUUGCGAUGAGCCAUUGUCUGUCGUUAGAUCCUGUCUACCAAAGCUGCAUGUUGAACGUGACCGAGAACUGGGAGAAAUACUUGGGACAAGAGCCCCGGAGAAGUGCAACAAUGUGAGUUCUAGGGAAUGAUAGAAAACAUUUUAGCCAACUGAAAAUCUUUUUGUUCGUUCUGGAAAGAUUUCUAAGUCUUUUUUCCUCACAUUUCGUUCAUUGCUUCAAAAAAUUUUUUGAUACCGUUUUUUUUGCUCACUAUUCCAUUAACACUUCAAGACUCUGGUUAAACCAGCGACAAAUGAAUUGUCACUCAAGGUGCCCUUCUCGGAAAAAAAAAUGGAGUGUGUAUGAAAAAAGAAAUUCAGCAAGCAAACCGAAAAAAACUGUAAAUUUUCCCUUCCCUUCAAAUGACUUUCAUAACUUUUCAUUUCAUCAUUUCUAGAACAAAGAAUUAUUUCCGGAAUGUAUCGUUUUUGGAGCAAAAGACUUUCGCAACCGUUAGCGGUAGAUCGCAACAAAAACAGGACAAUUGUAUAAAAAUUUCUGUUACUCGUUUUUCUAGGUUUUACUUUCACAGAUAUUUUCUGGUUUAACUAUUUUUCGUCGUAAACCGAUGAGUUUUGAUAUAACUUGAUACAAAAGCUUCACUUUGUUUCUGAGAUUUGAAAAUGAGGUAGGAAAUGGUGCUCAAUUGCGCCUGUUCUCAAAAUCUACCAAGGUUGUUUAGUACAUGUGCUUGAAAAUUUGGUUCAUAAUAACAAAUAUGAAGUUUUCGUAUCAACUGCUUAUUCUCCAACCGAAGAAGUAUAUUCGAAAAAAAAGUACUCAGGAAAAUAUUAAGGAGAGAAAUAGAUGAAAAAUGUUUCUAGAAUAGCGGAAGCCAUCUUCAAACAUCGAGUGAUGGAAGCAACAUUGAGUCACCUCCAUGCACAGCUUUUGCAAAUGAAUCAGACUGUCACCAAGGAAUGUGUGGAAAACUACGCCAAAAUCACUUCUUGCUUGUGUACGACACCAGAAGUUUCAUUUUGCAAGUAUUAAAUCCACCUUGGGUUUUCUGUAAAUUUGAUUUUUCAGGCAAUCUUGCACAUCGACGUUGGAAAAAUGUCUCGCCUCUGAGUCUUCAGAAUGGAUCGAGCAGAUAACAGGCUUGCAGAGGGUCGUCAAUUCGUACCCUAAAGGAGGCAUUCUCUUCGCAUUCAUUUCGGUAAAUUUUUCUUACGAAGGGUCAACAUCUCUCAAAUUUUUACAGCUCAAGAAAGGAAUUUCCGACUCUUUUCAAAUGCUGACCGAACGAAAACUACCGCUUCUGGCAGAAGCCGUUUUUGGAACUUGUGGGACAGCUGUCUUUGGAGGAAUCAUGGCUAGAAAACCAGUUAUAAACCGAAAACCGACAAGAUAUGCUGCAAAAACGAAUCACAACAUCUUAGAGGUUUUUUUUAAACUUUUCCGGCGCUGUAAUAUUCAAGAAAAAUUUUUUUCCUUUUUGAAACUAUAGUGAUAUUUUUUUCUGUAUUCUUCUACGUGUGUAUAGGCGAUGUUUCCAAAUAAGAAGAGAGAGAGAAUCGUGCGGUUUUUUCUUUCCAUUUCUUUUCAAUUUUGUUUUUCAACAAGCUGAAACAGCAAACAUUAUUCGUUUUUUUGCAAACGUUGGAAGGAAUAAAACGUACGAAAAAUGUUGAUAAAAAUAAUGCCAUCAGGUUGGGUUGAAAAAAAUUUUUCGGACUUUUGAAAUUUCUUCGUUUUUUUCCUUUUUUUGAUUUCAUUUUGCUUUUUUUCUGAUAAUAAUGUUCAACUAGAAGGAAAUUCAAAAAUAAGAUUCGCGUUUUGUUUAGGAAGAGGCUUUUGAGGCAAAAAUGGCAAAGUACCGCUAGUUGAGAAAUCCAUUUUUUUAAUUUAUCAAGUUCAUUGAGCAGCACUAAAGAUAUUUUCUUUUCCGUGCUAUUUUACUUAAAUGUAUAUUCCUUGCAGUUGCAACAGUUGAGACGGAUCUGGGAUAUCAUACCGGAAAAGAUGUGCGCGAGAGCGAGUACUGCACCCUGUUGGAACGGUUCGGAGAUGCUCUUGUAAGUGCACUCGAUAUGUUUUCGGGACAAUUAGAAGUCCUCUGCAAAGAUCCAUCCUGCCCCUUCCACCUGCCGAAAUAUCGACCACUAUUGUUAACGUCUCUCGCUUGCUAAUUAAGGCUCACAAAAGCGAAAGCUUCAAGACAAGCGAGUUUAAAUUGCCAACCAGGCGGGAAGAAGCGAGACAUUGCAUGACCAAAAGGCCCUCGACGCCGAGGAAACACACAUAAUUAACUAUUUCAUUACUGGAGCUACGCACGUUUUUUGGCGUGUUAUAAUUUUCCCAUUUCCGCUCUCUUAAGCAAUUAGGGAUCAACUUGGUAGGAGAAAAGAUGAGAAAAUAACAUUUCAAAUCUGAGAUUUCUAGCUAGAGUGUAUUUUUUCCAGUUUCACUAGUUCUGUUAAAGUUCAAAGCUAGACGGCUGAAAGUUUUUCAAUUCGAAAAAUAUCGAUUUCAAAUAAAGCGGUAGUUUGAACGUAUAAAAUCACAAAAAAAUGAGCUAAUUAACAACUUUCAGAUGAUUAAGAAGUUUCCGCGAUAUCUGUACAACUUUUGUCCCCUUUCAAACUCCUUCCAACACUUGACAGCUUUCCUAAACUUUUGCAAUCAUUCGAUCGCGAUAUCACGAGAAAAUGACAGGUCGACGUUUUUGACACUUUCCACGUAUUCCCGAUGUGAAAAAAACGUUUGAAGUAGCCAAUUAUCGGCAUACUUUGAUAGGCAAUUUUUCAUCAGGCUUCUUAUCAGCGCUUGACUUUUUUCGCACAUUAAAGUGUCAGCCGCCGUUCGAGUCAUUCAGACAACCUUGGAGAAGAGACAGAACUUUUCAAGGGCAGUACAAAAAGCACUAAAAACCAUUGAUUGUGUAUCAAAUCUUAUUUGAAAAUAUCAUCAGAAAAAUGAAUGGGAAUUGAAGUUUUCUAUUUUAUGAAUCACAUUGAUAAUAAUCUUUUGAGUACAUAUUCAAUCAAGCUUUUUUAUUAGAUUAGGAAAAAAAUAUGCUGACACAAAUCAUCUCCCUUCGAUAAAAAGACAGUUUUGAGUAUUCGAUGGUGAAAUUAAACUGAAUUAUUUCCAAAUUCCGAUCACGAUCUCUUUUGCUGCCUCCUUCGGGCAAAGAAAUUACGAAAAGCGGGCUCAAAAAUCUUGAAAAGAGAAUCAACAAAUUAUAUCUUCUGCUUCAUCUUUGAAGUGCCAAAAAAAAUAAUUGGAAAGGGAAUCAAACUUUCCAUUUUCUGAGUAGUUAUUCAAAAUUUCAUAUCAACUGAUAUCAUUUUAAUUUCGAACUUUUCUCAAACUUGAAAAAAGGCAGAUGGACGUUUUGGUUGAGCGGUGUGGGGAGGGGGCGGCUGGUGGAAGAAGGAAAAGAGGCGUGGCCAAAUCCGUCCAGGGUGUCACUUGUACGCGAUGCUGCCACGGAUCCAAGUCGUAUUCAGUGCUAUUCUCGUGUUUCAGUACAUUUCUUGCAGCGCCGAUUCCGAGCUUCCACCGAUCACCAAGGAUGUUCGACCACGACCAAAGGUAAAUUCCUUUUUUUUUUUCGAAUUUGAAGCUUUAGUUUUUAUUUCAGAGCUUUUUGCGUAAUCUUUCAUUUCAUUUUUUUGUUUCCAUAAGUCCGGUAAAAAAAUUUUUUUUGGUCAAUAUUUAAACUCAGAAGAAAGUUUUGAAAAAAACCUGAAGGAGAUUUCUUGUCAAAAUUCAUAAACUCUCCUCGGUCAAAAAAAGUUCUCACGUCAUAUUUUGCAGUUUUCUGAGAAAAACUUUCAGUUAUCGCUUAUUUUUCAUAUUCUUGAGAAUUUUAAAUGAAUAAGGGAGAAGAACUUUGGGUCUACUAUUUUUCGCUCUUUUUUUCUCUUUUGCAAGCUUAGAAAACAUCUGCAACAUUCAAACUAAGCUAUGGCAAGUAUAUCUCGAUAUUUAUCGGAGAAGGAAGUGACAGGUGUAUUAUUAAACUUAGUAGGCUUAUCAGAAUAACUAUCAUUCAAUUCCAUACUCUAUAGGUCACUCUGAGGUUUUUAUGCACAGGUUAAUCGAAAAAAAAUUUCGUAAAGCUGGAGGUGUGAUUCGCCCUAAAAGGGCAUUUCAAUGAGGUCUCCAUGGGGUUGAUUUAUGCUUGUCCUCCGUUGUUUUCCCAAAUCACGCUUUUUUCCGGCUUUCGAUGUAAAAAAAAUUUGAAACUACUGGACUAAUCUGAAAUGGCUACAUUAUUAUCACUUUUUUUGCCCUCUUUUGUAAUUUCAACAGUCACAACCAUUGAAUAGACCAAUUUCCGUUUUUAAAACUUUUGAACCGAAGGACUUCUUUUAGGAAAAAAAAUCCUAACAUUUUGCGAUUGAGAAAAAACUUAACGGAAGUAAAAUUAAUCAUCUGUGCCCUUGGUUUACCUUGAAUUUGUCCUGUUCUCUUCGAACUUUUCUCCUAUUCGCAUGUGUUCUUCCAACGACCUUGACAAGCGGAUGUAAAAAUUUGAAAAAUAUGGGAAGAAAAGUUGGGAAGUCUGAUAUGUGAGAAUUGAACACGGAAAAUAUAAAAAUCAAAAUCUUUCGAAGUUCAAUAUACAAGAUAAAAAUGAAUCAAUGAAUAAUAAGAUCAUCACAAAGUUGAGAAAGAAAAAAUGGAGAAAGUUGCUUUUUGAAGAAAACCAAUAGAGAAUCUGCUGAGGAUUCCCUUUUUUCCUGAGCCGAAUAUAACUACAUUUCUCGCGAGUUACUCGGCAAAUCAUGAAUUAUGCGCAUGUGGUAUCCAGAACCGACAAGACUGAAACAAGCGGCCCAACCAGUCUCUGGGGAUCAGAAUAUUCUGUUUUUUCUGCCUUUGCGUUACUCUAAUGUCUUCUCUUCGGUGAGUCCUCAAAAGCUCAAAUGCCGCAGAGUCCGUGUCCGACGGGGGCAAUUUCGGCGGGCUCUUUUUCUGGCUCCGCCACAAAAUUCUCCUUCUCUUUUUUGGUGUCUUGGCUCAUCAGCAAUUGAGAACGGCCACUGACAACAAAUGCACGUCGUUUGCUGCGUCUGGUGAAAACUCGAACCGAUUUCGAGCAUUACGUGUCUUUUUUUGGAUCGACAAUGCUAUUUAGUAGGAAACAAAUAUAACCGUAUUUUUAUGUUUUUUCGCACAUUCUUUUAAAAACUGGACUGUCUUAAUUUAAGAUCAAAAAAGGUUUUGUGGCUUCGAGAAUUUGGGAAAAUCGCAAUUAUUAUUAAGGAAUAGAAGUAGUAAGAAGUGUAGUAGCAGAGCAUUUUAAAUUUCAGAAUGCAGUUUGAAAAAAACUCGCUUUUCGGUUUACUCCAUGAAAAUUUUUUCAUUGGAACUUUUGUCAAAAUUCCCAAAUUUUUUUCCAAAAAAAUGAGUAUAGCUGUUAAAAAUAACCUGGCUCACUGCAAGAAAAACGAACUUAGUAACAAUUUCCAAGUAUCCAAUUAACAAGGGGCUCGGCGGUUUGAGAGCAGCCAAUAAAACAAGAGAAAUUCCAUGCAGAUAGCGGCCACUCAGCGAUUGGUCUCUCCCAGAAUGCGUUUCGAAUUCAAUUCUGACAAAAGCAUUCGAACUCUUUCGGAGAAAAAAGUGUGCGCUUUUUUUUCUUGCCGUUGUCUGAGAACCCAAAAAAAGUUCUUUGUCGACUUUUUCGGUACAGCGCGUAGAUUUUUAAACGCGCGCAGGAUGUUUCUGAAGUAUGUGCUAAGAUUUGGAAUUGCUGUCUGAAAUCAAAAGUGAUCGAAUAAACUGAUAAAUUUCGAAUUGCAAGCAUAUUUCUAUUGGAAUUGGAGGUCGUAAAAUCUUUUUGGCGCUCUUUCUCUUUAUUCAUCAGAAUAGCAUUGUUUCAAUUUUGAAAAAAAAAAUUUGUUUUCAAAUUGAGCUGCUUGGCUUUCCCAGCGUUUUGGCGUGUAGAUGACAGGCAAGGCAGAAGAUUGAUUAGAAACAACGCUGCCCUGCUGCGGCUUCUGGAGAUUAUGCACCUCUCCGGACCAGCAUUGGUUGCAAAUUGUCGCCCUCCAGAGGCUUUCACUUUCUUGCUGGACUCUCCUCUAUUUGCAGCAAAAAUGCUGAACAAAGGGGAGGCGUUACGUCAUGAGAUCCUAUACUUGCGCAUGUGUGGGAACGAUUCAUCAUUGAAAAAAAUUUUCUUGAACCUUGAAAAUUUUUUUAAAGCUUGUCAAUUUUUCAUCAACAAAAUAAAUAUUUUCUUUCUAAAAAGAAAGGUGAUUUCAUUGUCGAUUCUCGAAUAUCAAGAAAACUGUUUAAAACGAUUCUUGGUGUACAUAUUGAUCACUCUAAAAAUCAAAAUUUGUGAAGUUUGCUACCAUUCGAGAAAAAAUGUCACAAACGAUCACAGACUAUAAAUUCAACCCGAAAAAUUUUUUUUGGAAGUUUGACUUUAAGGCUUUGAAUCUUUCGAUGGAAAACAUCUGACCAGUGCUGUAUUUUUUUGACUUUUUUAUUUCAUGAUGGAAUUUUAAAUAAUAUAGACGCUCAUUCUUGACAAUCUUGACCAAACUUGACACUCCUAAGCAGAUAUGUAUUUGUUGAGAAAAAAAAAGAGCUAGAAAGUAGCCAAGAAGUUGGACAAAAGAAAGGGGCCGAGAUCCACAUCUGGCCUUCCAGGUGUCGUCGCGCAGCUAUUUUUCUUGCCCCGUCCGGCUGUCACCAUGUUUCAGUGUUGAUUUCGUCACCCCGCAGACAAUUAGCGCUUUUGACGUUUUUAUGGCCGAUUCGAAGGGCCGAUAGUACCUUGCUGCUCAUUCCUCAUUAGAGGUCGCUCACUUUUGAAAAUUCUAUUGAGUAGGGAAGAUGUGGAUGAAAACUUAUUUUUUUAUUUGAAGUGUUUUUCAAAAUAAAAAGUUAUCACUUUUCUCUUCUAUUGAAAGAGAGAGUGGUAUUUUUUUUCAAGUCAAUAAGAUCGUUAAUUUUUAGUUCCAAAAUAAUCACUGAAUAUCAUCAGAACAAGAAAAAAAUCGAAACAAAGAUUAACUUUCACACACGAAGAAAGAAUUUAUUAGGAGAAAAAAACUGAAAAAAAUGUUGAUGUCAAUAAAAAAACUUUUAAAAAAAUUUUAAACUAUGAAAUUCAAAAAAAGUUUUCAAAUUUUGAUAUAGACAAAAAUUUAAUAUCAUUAAACCACGAGAUUUUUCCGAAAAAAAAGUUUAAAUCGAGUGUGAUGAAACGCACUUUGAUAAAAAUAAAUGAUUUUCAGCAACCAGCGUGGAUAAUCGAGUCUUCAAGCGACUCUUCCUGGAAUCCCGACGAAGAAAACUAUGGAGAUGACGAAGAGUUUUCCGGAUCUGGACUCCCUCCUCACAUCGACGAAGAACCCAUCGGCUUCGUUUCUCGCGUCGUAAAAAGACCAGAAAGUAAGAGAUCAACAUGUUCUUAUUUUAAACGAAAGAAAAAAACAUCUAAGAAUUCAAUUUGCUGUGAAAAGUUUAUAAAAAAUCUUCAAUAUGCCUAAAAAGAUCCUUCAUAAUCGGCUUGAAAUUUUUAAUUUUCUCUUCUUUCGGUAUUGCUUACAAAAUUUGAUCAUGAGCUAGACAUAAACUUAAGAAUUGAUGACUUUGAAACAGAAAAGUUUGCGCAGAAGGCCUUAAAGAGGGUUCUUCAUGUAGAUCUAGAGACUAUCGAGCAAAACUCAUGAAAAAUAUCAUGGUGCGAGUUAAAACGAGCCUGUCCAUCAGUUGAGACAGAACCGCGAUUCUUAAUGAAACAAAGACUGUCCGCCUCAAACCCGAGUUAGUCACCACGUCUUUUCAAGCGCAGACACUCCCUCACCGUGACAUUACACCCCAUUCUUUCUAUUCAAAUCCUCCAACAGUCGGCGCCAUUGGUAUGAUACUCGGCGCAGUGGGAGCUCUUUCAGCCGCCAGAACCGAGGCGAAUUACUCACGGCGUGGUGCCGCGUACAGCACGUCGCUUAACAUUUAUUGUUCGCGCUCACUUCUCUCAUCCCACUGUCUUUGAUGCUUUGAGCCGAGGAUGGAGGCCAGGUCGACAAAAAAAUACAUCUUCCAAAAAUGAUCCAACUCACGGAACUUUCAGUUAUAUUAUUCCACCAAGAGAAGUUUUUAGGUCAGAAAAGAAUAUUUUCGCGAAAUUUAUGAAUAGUCGCUGUUAGCUCUUAUUCUCGAAUGAAAAAUACUCAUUUCAGUUUCGAACGAGAUCCUUGACGAUAAUGAACAGCCGCAACGAAUUAUCGACGAGUACGACGGCUACAAGUCCUACGAUGAGAUGAUGUAUCAUCGUCGUUUGCUGAUCACAUUCAUCCCGAUUGUGAUGUUAGUCUUGGUUUGA